CUGCUCCUUCCUCAUCCUAAGCACCCCUACCCUGAGUCGAAAGAGUGUCAAGUCACAUGAAUUUCAGUUUUUCCUUUUUUAGAAGUCAAACAUCAUUCUUUUUUCUCCUCAGGAUGGAGCUGAGCGAGCCAAUUCACCAUGCUCACUACAAAGUGUCAUCACCACCUAAAAAAGAAAGAAGAAAAGAUAAUCUCAACUCCAUUCCAUCCCUUUUUGCAUGAUGGACAACCUCAAAUUAAAUCCAAAAAUCAUUUUGAUUAUUGGUGGCUUCCUAAACCGGAAGGACCUUCUACGUUGUAUUCGUGUCUCCAAGACCUUUCACGAUACUCUUGUCGGAUUCAUUUGGAAAAAAGUCCUCGUUUGCCAUCGCACAAGACAUUUUACUAAGGAAAUGGUGGAGGAACACAAGAAAUAUAUUGAAGAGCUUGAGUUUCUUCAUAGAUUUCCCGACGUAUAUAUAUCAUUGAAAGGGCUUGAUCGCCUCAAACACAUCAGUUAUAUUAUGGGAGAAUAUUAUGACCUGUCCUAUCUUUCCUAUCUUCCCGAUCUCAUCAAGGCUCACGGAUCCACAAUUACGAAGCUAUCAUUUAAGCAAUCGACUUUACGAGAGAUAUGGGAAGCAGCACUAGAAUGCAUCCAUCUUGAGGACCUAACCGUUUGUCGUAUGAGGCUAAGCAGUGAUAUCGUGGAUUUAUUUUUUCAAAUCUGCAAGAAGAUUAAGCGCUUGGAUAUGCAAAAUGUAUAUCUCGAUGGGCUUCCUUCCAACUUCUUGAGCGACAACACGGACAAAUUCAUCUUCUCAAAUGUGACCACACUAGCCCUUUGGGAUGUCGAUAUAGACCUGCCUCUAUCGGAGACGUCAGAGUAUUGCCUCAGCAUGUUUAUUAAGAGAUGUCCGGGAUUGCAGUCACUGCAACUUGAUGGAUAUCAAAGCAAUUUGUACGCGGCAGCAUUCCUUCAUCAUUCCUUCACACUGACAAAUCUAUCAGAGCUAUUUAUUGACUGCCGCCGAGGCGAGGCAUCAGUAGUGGAUAUCUACGGUCCCAUGUAUUUAAACGACGGGGAUCUGGCGGCACUUCUCAGACAGAUGACUGAACUAAGGCAACUACGUGCUCCACAUUGUGGUUUUGGCCCAGCUUCCCUUCGAGAAUUGCUAGCAGAAGAGCAAGAGAGCCUGGAAGACGGACGUAAAGUACUAAAGAGAAGGAGUCAGAGGCUUUGCGAUACAGUUGAGGUGCUGGACUUCAAAAUAUACAGCAAAAAGACUGAAGAUGUUGCUGAAUCGAUCUUAUCCAAUUGUCCACGUCUGAAGAGUUUCUAUGGAUCUAGAGAGUUCUCCAGCACCCCAUCCUACAGCCCAUCCUACAGCCCAUCCUACAGCCCAUCCUACAGCCCAUCCUACAGGCCAGCCACCCCGUCUUAUGACCCAUCCGACAGCCCAGUUAGCCCGUCUUAUAGCCCACCCUAUAACCCAUCCUACAACGCAGCCAGUCCGUCUUUUAGCCCGACCAACCCGGUCUCUUCUCCAUGAUACCCCGGAUCAUACAUCAUGAUAAACAGUAAAGUUAAGUACUGGAUCUAGUCGCUUCUAGUAAAAGCAUGUCAAACUGCGUUGGGCCAGAGCCAGUUUUUGAAGAGUAGCGAGUUUACGCUGUAGCACACCUGUUUUAGAAUAUUCAGAAGUAUUGAGUGAAACUAGAUAUCUAUGCUGACGACUGAAAUAUGAAGUUUGCAAACCAGUAAAAUUAAUAUGAAACAACGAAAGUCCUUUCAAAUAGCAUGGAAACUGUUGAAUAUAUGCAAUUUCCCAUGAG